CUGGGCGCUCCCUGAAGUAGGCGGAGAAGUCCCGCCCCCCGGAUCUCCGGCUUCCGGCAUCUCGGAGGGACCCGGAACCGGUGCAGACAGCAUCCUAGGCCCCAGCCUUCCUGGACGGCUGGGCGGCAGGACGGCUGGACGCCGAGGCCCCCGAGAUGAGGAAACUGAGGCCCCAGGAGCUCACAGUUACACUGCGAGGAGCAGCAGAAUCGGGAAUGAAACCCAGACCUCUGCAAUUUGCUUUCUAAUAAUUGGGAGAAGACCACUGGCUGAAUGGCAGCUGUAGAUGACUUGCAGUUUGAAGAAUUUGGUGAUGUAGCCACUUCUCUAGCAGCAAACCCAGAUGCCACCACCAUAAACAUUGAGGGUCCUGGUGAAUCUCCCAAGAGGCCAGGACCCCCAAGAGGCUCUGGGAGAGAAGAGGAUGACGAAUUACUGGGAAACGAUGACUCUGACAAAACUGAGUUACUUGCUGGACAGAAGAAAAGCUCCCCUUUCUGGACAUUUGAAUAUUAUCAGACAUUUUUCGAUGUAGACACUUACCAGGUCUUUGACAGAAUAAAAGGGUCUCUUUUGCCAAUACCAGGAAAAAACUUUGUGAGGUUAUAUAUUCGCAGCAAUCCAGAUCUCUACGGUCCCUUUUGGAUAUGCGCCACAUUGGUCUUUGCCAUAGCAAUUAGUGGGAAUCUUUCCAACUUCUUAAUCCAUCUGGGAGAGAAGUCGUACCACUAUGUACCCGAAUUCCGAAAAGUGUCCAUAGCAGCCACAGUCAUCUAUGCCUACGCCUGGCUGGUUCCCUUCGCACUCUGGGGUUUCCUCCUGUGGAGAAACAGCAAAGUGAUGAACAUCGUUUCCUAUUCGUUUUUGGAGAUUGUGUGCGUCUAUGGAUAUUCACUCUUCAUUUAUAUCCCCACAGCAAUACUGUGGAUUAUCCCCCAGAAAGCUGUUCGUUGGAUUCUAGUCAUGAUGGCGCUGGGCAUCUCAGGCUCUGUCUUGGCAAUGACCUUUUGGCCAGCCGUUCGUGAGGAUAAUCGGCGAGUCGCAUUGGCCACAAUUGUGACGAUUGUGUUGCUUCACACGCUGCUUUCUGUGGGCUGCUUGGCAUACUUUUUUGAUGCACCAGAGGUGGACCAUCUUCCAACAACUGCAGUUGUCCCAAACCAAACAGUUACAGCAGCCAAGUCCAGCUGAAGAGGAAUUCUCUUUUAACUUUUUUGGAAUGUGGUCUCCUGGACACCAAAGCCAGCAGGAAAACUGACGGAAUGGCACCAACCCCUAACAUCUGAAGCCUCAUUACCUAUUUAACAAACAAAAUUAAAAGUUGUUCAGCA